AUUAUUGAAAUAAAAAUACAUAUUCUCUGUAAAAUCCUUACGGCACGUUUCCAGCUUUGGUUUUUAGAGGAAAAUGGUCCCAGCCUGUUCUGUAACAACCAGCACUCAGUGCCAGAUACCAGUGGAAAAAUGAAGGGGUGUUGUUAAGUGGAACAGUAGGGCUCGCUAACAAACCCAUCAAUGUUUAACAAUUUUAAUGAGCUUUUAAAAAGUGUCGUAUUUUCACUGUGAAUCAUUUCACAUUAAAAUCUGUGGCUUUCCUGCCAAAGUUAUCUUUAAUGAAAUCUGUGCGCUUUCACGCAGAUUUGGAGUGAAGUGAAUGUGAGUGAGCAGGAAGCAGAAUCCAUAAGAAACGCAUGUGUCUGAGGGGAAAUUUCCUGAGCAUCUGGGCCUUAGUUCUGUUCACUCGCUCUGGCAACCUCAGCCCCAUUCUCCCAACACCCCAUGUCAGGAACUCAUUCAGGACUUCUUGAGAAUUGAUGACUUAGGUCAGUGAACUGUCUCUCUCACACAUUUCUGGCUCCUUCUGCUGCAGGAAAAUGAAGGGCGUGAGAGGACAGUCAUGUCCCAGGUCUUGGGAGAGUCCUUGGGAUGUGCCUUGUCAAGUGAGGGUCCUUGGCUUCUCAUAGGAAAGAAUUCGAGAGUAAGUCAUAGUAAAGUGAAAGCAAGUUUGUUUAGAGAGAUACACACUCCAAAGACAGAGUGCAGGCUGUCUCAGGAGACAAGAGUGGCGGCCUCAGGGCAUGGGGUCAUCUCAGGAAGUGAGAACAGCUUAGGAGAUACACGUUCCAUGGGCAGAAUGCAGGCCAUCUCAAGUGGCGAGAGGCCUUGGGGUGCAGGGGUGAUUAGUUUUUAUGAGCUUAGUACAGGUGGGAGGAUUUUUCCAACUAUUUCGGGCAUGGGACAGGGAUUUCCCAAAAUUGGUCCACUGCCCACAUUGUGAUCUUUUAUAGUCAGCCUCAGAACUGUCAUGGAACCUGUGGGUGUGUCAUUUAACAGCCAAUGUGUUACGAUGGGCCUAUAAGGAGACUCAAGGUCCACUGGAAGUCAACUCCUCUGCCAUCUUGGGCUGAGUUGGUUUUCACCAGUUUAUGUUGCAUCCUCAAUUGCUGAGUCAUUCUUUCCAUGCUUGUGACCUACCUCCUCCCCUCCUGUCUCACAACCAUCAGUGGAUUCUGUGCUGGGUUUUCUGUGCAGUGAAAGGCACAGGAGGUGACUGGCAUCUGACUAGGAGAUGAUGUUUGUAUGUUAGUACUCUUUUUUUUUUCCAUUUCAGGAAAGGUGGUUUCUGUAGAUUCACUGAAAAGCUGUGGUUACCUAGAGGUGGCCAGAGGAGAGAGGGAAGUCCCUGGGAGGUAAGAGGAGGCAGAAAAAAACAAAGGAAGGAUGGGACACAGAGGAAUGAAAAUAACCCCCAGUUGUUUUCGAGUCUUGAAUGUUGUAACCCUUUGUCUACUUUUUGGAAACAGUUCCUGCCUAUAGAGCUUUCUUUAAACAGAAAUAAGAAUCUAACUGGGGAAAAUUUUUGGAAAACUUUGGAAAAACACUUUUCCUGUCAAACUAUGCACAGAGAGAGGAGGAAGCAUGUUUUGACAGAUCUAAAUGCAACGUUGCUUGUGGGUGGAAUUCCGCCUAAUACUGCUAUUGUGUUUGCUGCUCAGCAAAGCUCGCACAAAGCCCGUUGCAGAUACUCAGAUAAUAACCACUUGAAUAAUUUUAUUCAUCUAUUUACUUAGCAAGUGUAUAGGUGUUCUAGGACUCACAUAACAAAGCACCGCAGCGUGAAUGGCUUGUCUCACAGCUUUGGAGGCUGCAAGUCUGAGGUCAAGGUGUCAGCAAGUUCUGGGGCUUUGAGGGAGAAUCUGCUCCAGGCCCCUCCUCUAGCUUCAUGAUCUGAUGACAAAUUUUGAUGUUCCUUGACUUGUAGAAGCACCACCCUGUCUUCAUCUUCAUGUGGUGUUCUCCCUGUGUGCGCGGCGUGUCCAAAUUUCCCCCUUUUAUAAGGACACCAGUCAUAUUGGAUUAAGGGCCCAUGCUAUUCUGGUAUGACCUCAUCUUAACUAAUUACAUAUGCAAUGUCCCUAUUUCUAAGUAAGGUCACAUUGAGGUCCUGAGGGUUAGGACUUCAGCAUUUGGAUUUGCGGGGAACACAGUUCCACCCAUAACAGGAAAUAUUUACUUAUGCACCCAGUAAAUGUUUAAUGAGCAUCUCUUAUGUGAAAGUACUUUAUGAGGUAUUGAGAUUUAAGUAAAUAUGGAUAAAAUAUUUCCUGUCCCAAGCCGCUUGCAGUAGAGUAGGAGAGAGGCAUAUAAACAUAUAACUAUAAUCGGUGGUGGCAUGGUAAAGAUACGUACAAGGGAUUGUGGUGGAUGGAAGGGGAUGAUUAAACCUACUUGUUGGAGGAGAUGUCAGGGAAGCUUCACUGACAGGGCAAAGUUUGAGCUAGAUCCAAAAGAAUUAAAAGAUCAAUUGGUAGACCAUGGGCAUUCUGGCCAGGGAGAGCAGCAUGAUGAUCUGAAACAAAAUGAUGCACUCUUGGGACUUUAAACCGUCUUGUGGCAGGAGUGUCUGGGCACUGUGGAAGCGAUGGGUUGUCACUGGAAAGUUUUAAGUGUUGGAAUGACACUCCUGGACUCGUGGUUUUGAAAAAUUCUGAUUGACAGCACAGAGGCUGGAGUGGAGGUGGUUAAGUCUAAAUUUGAAAGAUAGAACAGUGGAAAUGGGCACAAAUCUGGUACUUGUGUCACUGAGUGGAUCCUAAUUUCCUUCAGCCUGAAGCGGGGAGUGAGGAUGGUCCCUAUUGCCUAACUCCAGAUCCGAAUGCCAAACCCUCCCUCAUCAGUGCAUUCCUUGGCCAGGGGUCAUGGAGUCUACAUUUUGUCCAGAGCUCGGAGACAGGGAUCUACUUCUGGCCAGGCCAAGGGAUCUAGAACCCAAUGGGCAGAAGUAAUGAGAUUUUCUUUAUUUCUACUAGAAAAAAAAAGCUCAUUUCCUAGUCAUGUGUCAUCAGUAGCAUCCUCCCACUUUCUUAAAGACAAUCAACAAGUAGUGACAAACUGGGAAAAGCUAUGUGGUUACUGUAUAGGAAAAAAUGAGAGGCAUAAGGAAAUAGUCCACCACCUCGAGGUAGGAAUCACCCGCUCAUUACAAGAUCAUCCACCGUGAAAUCAGAAUGUUUCACCACACCUCCUGCAAGGGGACUGAGGGCCUGAACUAACCCACAGGCCGAAGGACAUUCCAGCAGAAGAGAAGCGAUAGCGAUUGCAGUGACCGUCCACAGCCCCAAGAGUAAGCCUGCCAAGGAGAGCGAGGGUGCCGAUGUUUGAUUCAGCUUUUCUGCUUGUUUGUAGGUUUUUGUGGCUGCCUCCUGUUGGGCUUCAGAGGUAGCUGUGGGUGAUGAGCGCCAUGGAGAGGAAGUGCUCCCACAGCUAGAGGAAGCGGCAGCUGGAGGGUGGUCUACAUGCGCCACGGAGAAUGCAGGUACGCGCGCCGGGAGGCGGCUCUGCCGAGGCUGCGCCGCUUCUGGGCCACUUCGGCUGUGCUGACAAAUCAGGGCUUCCUGAGGAAAAGAAUCAUCUUUUUUUUUUUGGUAAACAAACCAAGCCCAGAAGCUGAUAGUGCCGGACUUCGUACGCCGACAGCUCUUUGGAGGGAAUUUCCUCUUGGAAUCUACCCUUUGGCUUCGUUUUCAAAACAGAGGUUCAUCUCACCCAAGAAAGAAUGGCUUGUGUGAAGAUGAGGUGGAUUUAUGUUUCCCUGGUGGUCCUGGGAGUCCUUUGUCUGUAUCUUAGCCCGUACACUCUGAAUCCUUUUGAAGAAGAUUCAUUUGUUUUCAAGAAAGAAAGUGGGAACUUCCUUCAGCUCCCAGAUACAGACUGCAGGCAGGAUCCCCCCUUCCUUGUCCUGCUGGUGACUUCGUCCCCCGAACAGGCAUAUGCUCGCAUGGUCAUCCGGAACACUUGGGGAAGAGAACAGACCGUGAUGGGAAAACAAAUCAAAACAUUCUUCCUCUUGGGAACCACGCCCGAUAAGGACGUCUCGAAAAAAGUGGCCCAGGAGAUCCAGCAGCACCGCGAUGUUGUCCAGAAGGACUUCUUGGACGCUUAUUUCAAUCUGACUCUGAAGACCAUGAUGGGCUUAGAGUGGGUCCAUCGCCUCUGUCCCCAGGCCGCUUUCGUGAUGAAAACAGACACCGACAUGUUUAUUAACGUCUUCUAUCUGACCGAGCUGCUUCUCAAGAGAAAUAGGACUAGCCGGUUUUUCACUGGCUACUUAAAACUGAACGAAUAUCCCAUUAGGAGUAGGUACAGUAAGUGGUUUGUGAGUAAACAGGAAUAUCCGUGGGACAAGUACCCACCCUUUUGCUCCGGCACCGGCUACGUCUUCUCCAGCGACGUGGCGGGUCAGGUGUACAAUGUGGCUGAGAGCGUCCCGUUCAUUAAGCUCGAAGAUGUCUUUGUGGGGCUCUGCCUGGAAAAACUGAAAAUCAAACUGGAGGAACUUCAUUCUGAGCAGACUUUCUUCCCCGGUGGGUUACCCUUCACCACGUGCCGUUAUAAGAGGAUCGUGGCCUGUCAUCAUAUCAAGCCUCAAGAUAUCCUGAAGUAUUGGCAGGCUCUGGAAAGUUCCUGGGAAGAAGAAUGUCCACAUAGCUGAGGGGAGCCCCAGGCACAUCUGGUCACACGUCGGACAACUCCUGGUGAUGGUUUUUGAAAGAUCUUGGGUGGUGUUGCUAAGACUCCUCAGGGGGCAGGGAGGGGGCGGGGAAGGAGGCAGAAGAAGAGGGGCCUGGAGCGACACACGGCCGAGGACCCCCACUUGGCGCCCUGAGCGGUAACAGACAGCACCUCUCGAGUACCUACCUGUUGUACUGUGUCCAGUGGACACCUGUGUGGUCUCCUUUCAGGGGUCAGCAUCCUCCAGAGGUGGCAGGUGGUACCAUCCCCAUUUUACCCAGAAGGAAACAGCAGCUUUGAGAGGAACCGGAACCUGUGCCAAGGCGUGGGGCCGACAGACACUGGAGCAGGGAUGAGAAUCCGGUGCUGUCAGCAUCCAGGCAGCAGCCCCCAACUCAGCCCUCUCUGCCCCGGUGCUGCCUCCCUGGGAGAGGAUGGUGGUGAGGAAGGCUGAGGGCAGCCUGGUUGCUGGCAUCCAUCAGGCCCUUUCUAGGGUCCCUCCGCCUCAACUCCCAUCCCUGUGCUUUUAGUACGGACACUGGGGUGGACAGACGCACCGCCAACUGCCUUUGUUCACUUCGAUGGGUCCAGUUAACCUGAGAGCCUGUUGGCAGCCUGGCACUCCACUCCUUGCAAAGCGCAUCCUGGAAGAUACCCCUACAGGGGCUGCAGUCAUCCUUGAAGAAACACCCAGCUCUAGCCAGAAAUCAGUUUUUACAGUUUUGGCUCAGAAAUUACUAUGAGGCUUGGCCCGUGGUACAGACUUCUUGGUCCCUCUGCUGAGACCCCAAGAGUGUGGCAUCUCCUCCCAGCCAUCUUGGCAGCCCCACCUGUUUGCCUGUUCACUCCACAUGCCCUUGGUCUGCACUCCAGGUCUCCAAGUGUGGACUGAGGGGCAGUUGUUACCAUCUGUGAAGGAUUCUGGGAGCUUUUUUGGGAAUUCAGGUGGACUCAAAUCAAGAUACGCUCAAGAACCCCCUGGGACACUGAGAACUGAAUGAGGUCUGGUCCAGGAGGGAGUCUCCCUGUGCCCAUAGCCCAAACCUCAUCCCAGCUCAGCUCCUUUGAAUUUCUCAGAUGGCCAGGGAACAGCUGAGUUUGUGGUGUGGAGUUUCCCCUUUGAUACUCUUCUCCAGAGGUUUGUACGAGCUUGUUCUACAGGGUGGUGUAGAAAGGAGGCACCUCUGCCCGUCAGCCACUGUCAUGUGAUGUGCAAAGCCAUCUUGCUCCCAGUCAUUGGAUGAUCGGUUCUUACUUUUCACUUUAAAGGACUGGACUUUACCAGCACUCCAAGCCAAGACCUCAUGUGGCUUGUAAGUGCUGGACGAAGCUCUUAUCCAAACUCAGGAAGAGAUGUUUGCUGCAAAAUGUUCAUGGCAAUGUUGAACUGCAGAACGAGGUCUGGCACCCUAGUCUGCAGGGUAUUUCUUGAGCCUGGAUGGAGCUGCUUCUUGGGAGAUGCGUUUCCUUAUCCUGGCUGCUGUGAACAUGCUCGGGUCAUGUUCAGAAAAGCCGCCACCUCAGGUGGGAAAAUCAGGGAGUAAGUUUCUCUUUCGAAGCCAGAUAUUGCCAGUGCCACACCCCUCGUAGGACGGGCUGCCUUGGAUUCUGGAGACAAUGAUGGGUCUGGAGAGUGAAAGGUUUGUCUGGCAGUAGGGCUGGGUCGUGCGUUUAUGUCCACCUUGUCUGGUAUGCUUGUCCAUGUGGCCACUGGGAUGGGUAGUUGAGAUGUGGCUAGCUCAGGGUCCGUCUUUUCAGCAUCCGUCCAAACCCCACAGCCAUAGGGAGCCCUGAGCACAGGCUCAGUUUCCCCCACAGCCUCUGUAUGUUCUUAAAGGGUUUUCUGCAAAACACGUUGUUUUUUCCCCGUCUUGUCUCUUUAUGUAAUGAAGAUUUUUUUUUUCCCUUUAGGGAAAAAUUAUCUUGUGACUACAGAACUUGAAGGGGUCUUUGAGCUCCUGCCAUCCUGCCUUUACAUAGGGUGAAAAAAAAGCUCAAAGAGACCCAGAGACCUCACUACUUAUUUGUCAUGGACUGCAGGUUCCAGAGGGAGUCGUCUUCCAGGACACGGUCUUGCCUGUGUGUGGGAGCAAGAAACUGGGGAGGCGUGAAUUAGGAGGCAAAGCUUUUCUGGUAACACCCAACGUGAGUUUCGGAGCGGGAGAGGAGAGGAGUUGGCUGGUGGCGCGGCGGCUUCUCUCAUAGGCCUCCAGGGAGGAGUGCUGCUGGGAGACGGUGCUGUUGGCCAGGCCCCGAGACAGGGCUUUCCCGGCGUUACCUCCUUCAGUACUCACGACGGCUCCACCGGGGAGGUGACGACCACUUUCCCUGCUUUACAGGUGAGGAACCGAGGCAGAGAAAGCGAGCAAGAACAGCUCGCUCAACGUUAUGUAGCUGAAAAGUAGCAGGAAUAGGAUGUGAAGACAAGCUAGGGGGGCACCGUGUGCGGCGGGCACACACAGGGCGGCGGCCCCUGGCCCUGAGCUGACUCGAGGGGCGCAGGGAGCGUCCUCAGGGAUGCAAGCGCCCACUGCCUUGGCACGUAGGCUGCACAUCUGGCCCUUCCUCAGUCUCCCACCACCACGCUUGCCCACCUUCCAGCGUCUGAACCUCCCCCUCCUGUAGGAAGGAACCACUGGGGCUCCUAUGGCACCAGCCCCUCCGCUUUGGGGCUUCGUCCCCAGCUCUUCUUACCUCUGCGAGAGCAAGACUCCUGCCUGGGCCUCGCUCUCGCCCUCGCCGUCCACCUCCCCUCAGCUGGACACCCCGCGUGCGCAUAGGCGGGCCGUCGCUUUCCACCUUCCAAACCGUCUUAAGCAUCCUUUCCCGCACUGCCCCGCUUCUGCUCCCUUUGCUUUGUUUACCCCGCAAGAGGAUUUUCCAUAUUUGUCUGCCCAAAUUUGUCUCCUGCUCUGUCUGCAAUCCCCUCUCAUCAGUUUCUGGUGCUUGAGUCCCUCAGACGGGUCUCACUGAGGUCACUGAGGACCCGCGAUGCUCCGCCCCCAUCUUAGCGCUCUGGUCACUGGUUCCAGGACACCUGGUGCUCCUGGUCCUUCCACUUGCAGGUCACUCCUUUGCUUGUUCCACCGCCUCGCUCUGCAUCUAAGAAUGGGGCGCCCAGGGCUUGGCCCUGACCUCCUGCUUCCCUGGUUUACUCUGGUGGUCUCACCCAGCCGCAAGGUUUAAAAUUCCUCUGUCGUGCUGAUGGUGCCCUGCUAUCUCCAGCCCAGAACUCUCUCUUGCUCUUCAAUCUCAUGUACUCCACAGCCUGCCUGACAUCACGUAGUGAGCAAACUCAGGCCUGAACUUGGGAUGACCCUCUCCCCCACUCUUCCUGGGACACCCCAGGCAUGCUCUGCCCGCCUCAGGGCCUUUGCGUGGACUGUUCCCUCUGCUAGGGUCGCCCUAUUUCUCAGUCUCAUGGCCUGCUCCUUUGCCUCUUCAAGUCUUUGGUCAGCUCUCUCCUUGAUGAGACCAACCCUGAUCACCUUCUGUGGAACUGCAUCGCCCAGCCCUGUGUCCUCUUGCCCUGUGAUCAUUGCACUCAUCACUUUCCAACAGAGUAUACAAUGUCUAUUUAUUGUAAUGUGUCUGUUUCAUUGACUGUUUAUAGUUCAUCUCACUUGAACAAAAGCUUAUGCAGGAAUGGGGCUUUAUUGUCUUCCUGAUUUACUCAAAUUCUUAGCACAGUUCCUGGCACAUGAUAGACGCUCAGUAAAGAUCUGUUGAAUGCAACUGAAGUGACCUUUAUGGAAGAUGGUUUUAGAGGGGAAGAGGUGAACUGUGGCGGAAAGGGGAAGGAUAUUUAAAAUGCAGCCAACACUGUGGUUACAACAUACAGUUCCUCUACAAAUCAGUAAGUGGGUCCUGAAAUCCCACUUUUGCUGAAAGCUGGGACCUGAAACCCUAGCACUGCUGUAUGGCAGGGCUUCUUGACCCACUCCCCCUUUUUCUAGAAUGGAAAACCUCACGCACUGAGAAAUGGAUAGACCCCUGUAAUGUGCCUGUCCUCCAGCCCCCACACGGCUGACCUCCUCCCACCCACCACGGCCGUCUGUUUUCAUGAUUCUUGACACCUGCCUCUUUUCCUCAACCAUAUCCAGCUUUUAGUCCCAGGAGAAUGACAGCAGUAAACCAAGUUGUCCAGAAACAGACCAGGAUCAUGAGAAUGACUUCAGCCCAGUUGUCUUCUGGGCAGAAGUAACUCCAUACGUAUGCAUCCUUGGGACGUGAGAAACCACGCCACGCCAAUAUUCGAGGUUACCUUUUAAAACUGGAGCUACGAAGCAACGCCAGCUUUCCCAAGCUGUGCAAGUGGAUUCUGGACUCGGGGGCCACUGCUUGGUGUCCCAGGGUCUGGGCAGCCUGGGUGUCAGGAGUGUGGAUGGUCCACGGUUACCCAGGAAGGGUGUCACCUUAUGGGUCUAUUUUGACCUCACUGAAGGGAUUUAGCAGCUGAAAGCUGGGCCCUGGUUUAGGAGGCAAUUUCCCUGAUAAACAAGCCUUCAAGGACUAUGUUUAAUAAUAGAAAAGUAACGUUUAGUUGAACAUGUCCUUGUUGACUUCAGAAACUAUAUAUAUACAGUGGCAUGGAAUAAGCCACUUGGAUGUGACAGCAAAUUGCCCAACAUUUUAACUUUACAAACUGCAAUCCUUGCCUUUUGUUUAAUAACUGGACAGUGUUACCCUGCCGUCCAGUCUCAAAGACACCUAAGGGGAGUCACAUCAGUCGUUUGGGUGGAGACCCUAGUGUCACAGCGCCUCUUUGGAGGUUGCAUUUUGCACACAGGUCUGAUGGAAUUAUCCUAAAACUCUGUCCCCUUUCCUGCAAGCACAGUCAUUGAACUCUUUUGCAGAAGCCUUAGGUGCCCUGUAACGUCCUGCACACAUUAUAUUCUUAAAAACAUCUAUUCACAUUGAAUGCAAAGUCAGUCUGUCCUUACUUCCUGUUAUGCUCUGAGGUUAACCACUUUCUCUGAUACGGGUUCUUACCUUGACCCCAGGACUGGGGUUCUCCUUCUGACCCCACAGACCAGAGUUCUCAGUCUCAUCCCAUGUCCCAAGGUUCUCAGCCUGAUCUCAUGGACUGAGGGUCUCACCCCAAAAAUGAUGGGCCCUGGAAACCCCAAGACCCUCUCACUCUUCUUUUCCUGCUGCCAAGGUGUGUCUGGCCCGGGGUCACGGUCCUCAUUUCUGUAGAUGAGGACAGCUGGAAUGAAAGGUGACAAAACAGGUUCAGAUGAAGGUUCAAUUGCUGUGUUUCUGAACGUACAGGGGUUUUAGGGCUCUGGUCCCACCCCUUUCGUUUCGGCAUGAAAACCAGAAUUGGCAGAGUUCAAGCUUCAGCCCAGCACGCGGAGCGGCUCCUGGCCCUUGGCCUGAUGCUACAUCCAUGGGGCAGAACUGCCUUUUCCUUAGUCUUGUUUUGAGCUAAAUGUACUUACUUCCUAUUUGUCUUCAAACACACCGUUGUGACCACGUAGCGCUCUGUAAAAAGGCAGGAAGGAAACAUACAAACCAGCAAAACCUGUCAGGCCCCCUUUCCUCACUUGAGCUCCGUGUCUCGAGCCAGCAGCCCGAGUAGCCUCUGUUCCUGGAACCCCAACAGGUGCGUGUCUGAAAUGCGCAGCUGGAACCACACUCAGCUCCUCCUGCCCCCGAGCCCGGUCUUCCCCUGGGGCUUCCGGUCUCAGGA